UCACCCCUGCAACCCUAGAGAGAAGCAAGCAUUCCCUGUGCAUCCUUCGCAGAUCUGUAUCAGCAUCAAAGAUGUUCCAACUUGGGAGCCUUGUUGUCCUCUGUGGUCUGCUCAUUGGAACCUCAGACUCACUUUUGGGUGGCUUAGGAAAUGCUGUGAAGGAUUUGGACGUUGGAAAUGUUGUGAAGGAUUUGGACGUUGGAAAUGUUGUGAAGGAUUUGGACGUUGGAAAUGUUGUGAAGGAUUUGGACGUUGGAAAUGUUGUGAAGGAUUUGGACGUUGCAGGUACUGUUGGAGAUGUCCUUCAGAACCUAGAUGUGGGAUCUCUUCAGAAAACCACGGAUUGGGCAUUAGCCAAGAACAACAUUCUAGGAGCUUUGAACUCAUUGGACCUCAGCAAAUUAAACCCCUUUUCAUCUCAGAAUGGUUACGGGUUGCGAAUUAACAAACUCAGCUUCCUGAACUUGCAAGCUGAACCAUCUUCCAACCUCCAAGGCAUCAAUCUGAAGCUUCCCCUGGUUUUGGAUGCCUCUGUGACUCUGCCUAUCAUUGGAUCCAUGGUUGAUGUCUCUAUUUCCUUGGACCUUGCAACUUCACUCGGUGUUCAAACCGAUGCCAAGACUGGCCUUCCCACACUGAGUAUAGGGCAAUGCUCAAGUGAUACCGACAAUAUCUCCAUUUCCUUGUUGGGCAGACGAAGCACCCUUAUCAACAGAUUAUUGGAUGGUGUCUCUAGCCUUCUUACAAAGUCAGUGAGCAGCCUGCUGCAAAACCAAAUAUGUCCUGUGAUCGAGUUCAUAUUCAGCCAUGUGAAUGUAAAUCUUACUCAAAACCUCCUCUCUAAUCUACAGUUGCCAGUCUCCCUCUGAAGAGGAAGGAGCCAAAGGAGGGAUGCUAUAGCACUCCUGCUGGUUAGUUCCCAGGGCCGUCAUCUGACUUCCUGUGGCAUUUCUCUCUAGAAAUUGCAGCCACCAUCUGUACAAGGUCUGCCUGAGCCCGCCUGAAGGACCCUCCCAGACUCCAAUCUUCCUGUCCUCACCACCCCAGCAUUAAACUAUUAACUGCA